GUCCCACCAGCAGACCAGCUCCCUUCUCCUUCUCCACUUCUCCAGUGCGCCCCGACCAGACGAGCAGAGCCCAGCUAGGGUUUCGAGAUUUCCGUCGCCGGAAACGACCGCCACCUCGUCUCCGCGAGCACCCGCCGGCGCCAUCCCUCGCCCUUUUCGUCUUGCGCCCCAGCGACCCUCCCAGACCCCCGCCGCCUCCCCGCCCCCUCCUCCUCGAGUACCACCGCCGUCGAUCUCUACUCGCGCCGCCCGCAGAUCUGAUUCCGGGGUCCCCGGCUCUCCCAUCCAGGGCCAGGGCCAUACUCGUCGGCCACCAUGCAGGCUAGCGACAGGUUCAACAUCAAUUCUCAACUCGAGCAUCUCCAAGCCAAAUAUGUCGGAACAGGGCAUGCUGACCUGACCAGAUUUGAAUGGGCUGUAAAUAUCCAAAGAGACAGCUAUGCAUCUUACAUUGGACACUACCCGAUGUUGGCAUAUUUUUCCAUUGCUGAGAAUGAAUCUAUUGGAAGGGAGCGUUACGAAUUUAUGCAGGAUAUCCUAUUUGACUUCUAUGCCAUACUUGGGCAAAGCCAUCGAGACUAUAUCCAUCACCAGGAAGAAGAGAAGCGAAGCCAUAAUUUCUUUAGGAUAAGCCUGAGAUAUCUAGUACAGUAACAGUGGUUGAAUUGCUGCAUAGCCCCCCUAUAUGAAUUGCUGAGAGCCAAGCUAGUUAUCUAAUGCCAGGAUUUAUCUUUCCCAUUUUACUGUGGUAUUAAUCAUUCUACUAGUACUCUAGUACCCCAGUGCCACAGUGUCUAUCUAUAAUGGAGUCUUUGCUCUCUGAUAAAAAUUGCAAGUAAAAUUUCUCAGGGCGCAAACAUGCACAUGGAUGGAGAAAAAUGCCGCUAUAUUUAUCGUCCUGCAGGCUUGUGGCAAAAUGUUUAAAUCAAUCUUUCUACUCAAACUAAAGAAAAAGUUCAACCUGUCGUACCCAGUUUUUCUAUUUGAACACCUAUGCUAUGGUCGUGGCACUGUUGAUCUGUUCAUGUGUUUCAUCACAAGUUCAUUCUAUUGCCAUCUGCUUUAGCAAGUUUGAAGUUCUUAAUGUAUUUACAAGUAUAUGAGGUAGUCGCCCGCCGUACGUAGCAUACCACAGUUUCUCCAUUUGCAUGUUUGUCCACUUAUUUACAAGCUGUUGUAUC